GACACACUCAUUUGUUGCUUCAGUGUGCGUCGGCGGUUCCUUGUGGCCAUCUUGGCCCUUUUGUACCCGUCGCCCACCUGCAAGCCCACAUCCGUCCCUCUCCCUCCACUAUUAUGGCCUCUCUCUCAUAUGUCCCAGGCCCGGUGCUCUGGCGUCCCACCAAAAUUAUGAACAUGCGUGACUUGUCGAAGGACGACGAUUUUCUCAGCCAUCUUCUCGUGGAGAAACUGGGGACGGGCUCCGUCCCUCUUCUUGUCCAUAAAAUGGAUGCUUCGCGGAGGCUCCCCAAGACGGACCCGGAAAGGCUCCUCAAGAUUGUUCGACGCCUUGUUGCUACUAAAGGACCUGUCUCAUUGGUUGUGAAGAAUGCUGUCGACGAAUUGCUCCAAUGCUCUCCUAUUCGGUACUACCUCAAGGAAUAUACCCAGAAGCAGAUCAACGCGUUUGCUACACAUGCAUCUCGGUAUUUCGAACUGUAUCAUCCCUCCGGUCUCAUCGAGAUCGCCCAUACAUCACGUUAUGCCCACAAGACCGGAAAGUCGGAGCUGUGCAUCAUGGCUACCCGCAAUCUCAGCCCCGGCACUGUCAUCACGGAGCUGAAGGGAUCCAUGGCCAACUUGACGGACGAGGAAGAUAGGGAAUUGAAGAGGACGGACUUGAGGAACUCGGAUAUUCGACGGGACUUCAGUGUCAUCCAUUCGAAGCAGAUGAAGAAGAACCAUCUGUUCUUGGGUCCUGCCCGUUUUGUCAAUCAUGAUUGUAAUAACAACUGCGAGCUCUUUCGAGAAGGGAGAUAUAUCACGUUUCGCGUGCUUCGACCCAUUGCUAUCGGCGAGGAAAUCACGGCUCAUUACGGCAAUGGAUACUUCGGGAAGAAGAAUCGACAUUGUCUUUGUGAAAGUUGCGAAAAGCGAGGCAGAGGAGGAUAUGCUCCCGACCAUGAUGACGAAGACCCGCCAAUUAGCUCGGAUUCCGAGUCUGAUUCAGACAGCGAUUCAGGUCCUCCGAGAGUAGAGGAGAGCAAUGACAGUGGAAAUCUCAAUGAGCGAAGGACGCGCCGAGGUGUGUAUGCAGUCAUGCCUGCACGAGAGCAUUCGCUUGAUAGUGAGGAGGAGGAGGGUGAGGUCGCGGUGCCCAUUGUCGAGGAUGCUACGAUCGAGUUGGUUGCUGAAGUUGACAGUGCUUCGCAACUGACAUCGUUACCGUCAUCACGAGCACCGUCCACCUCGAUCCAAGCUGUUCAAGCAAUUGCUGGUCCAUCAUCCCUGCCGACUCCUGUCUCGAUCGCUGGUCCGUCAUCUCUGCCGACCCCAGCGUCUCCAGCCCCUUCAAGUCUGACCGCAUUGUCCCCCGCUCACACCACCCGAUCACUGUCCGAUCUCACCUCCCUAGAGAGUGGACAUUCCACGCCACUUCAUUCGCUCAUGUCGACUCGCCGCCGGAAGGCCAAGGGAGCCGAGAUAGGACAACUGCUGACUCCGCCGCCCUCGGAAGACACGAGCACACCCCCGAAGCGUUUCACACGAUCAAGCCUUGUGAAUCAAGCACAUGCUUCCCAGGUCCCAACGCCUGUCAAGUCGGUUAAAGGCAAAGAGUCGACUGUCAAGAAGGAGGAAGACGAGCCCAAGCUUGUGCGAGCGCGAGCAUCGGUACCCGCAGCGGCUGAUGUGAAGGACGAGGCUCCGGCUAAGCCAGCACCACGUGGGCCCGACGGAGAACUUCUUCCGUUGUGCUCAACGUGUGGCAACGUGCUUCCAGUGAUCUCUGUGGAUUCGCAAAUAGUGUGGGGGCUUGAAACCAACAAACAGGACUGUCCACGAUGCUUGCGCCAUCUCGCCAUUUAUGAGCAAGCCUGGCCGUGUCGGAUGUCUGUUGAUGGACCUCAGCGCAAUCUACCGACCCCUCGGGAGGAUUCGACCCCAGUUGAGUCUGCUUCACGUCGUGGGCUCAACAACAAGGUGCUGUCUGUGUUGGAUCGUAAGCUGGCGGCGGCGGCAGCGGCAGAGGCUCGUCCCGAGCCGUCCCGGCCGGCGAAGCGCCCAAGGGUGGAGCCAGAGGACGUCCCCUUGAAACGACGUAAAACGGAGCCCGUCUUACUUGUUGUCAAACGAGGUCGUGGUCGACCCCGGAAGCACAGUUUGCCAGUUUCGGCGCCAGUCGCUGUGCUAUCGGUGGCUCCCCGGAAACGUGGACGCCCACGCAAAUCACUACCGAUGGCACUGGAUUCGCAAUCGAGCUCUGACUCGGACACAGACUCUGGAUCGGAGCUUGAGCCUGAGCCUGAGCACGAACCCGUCACACAGGCCGAGCCAGUCCAGCGAAAGCGAGGUCGGCCGAGGAAGGGAGAGAUUCGACCAGUGUCGGUGGUCCCAGUGCUGUCACGUGCCGCCAGGGCUGAAGGGCGGGACCAAAUCAGACGACGCCAGGAGCAGAGCACAGGCAGGGUUCGCGCAGUCGCAGGGGAUGAAGAUGGAAAUGACGAAUUCGCUGCUCGUAAGCGGUCCAGCGCCGACUUGGAUCUCCCUGACCGACAGCAAAGCAAGAGGAUGGGUCGAAUCGGGAAAAUGGUUCCGCGCCCUUCUUCUGGCUUUCGGGGCGGCCAACUCUUUGCCAGACCCAACCCGCUUACGUAUGCGCUUCACGCAUGGGGCGGGAGUCCCUUGCUCUCUCAUUCGAGCUCAUCGUCGGACGAGGAUGUGGCACCGCCGGUCACACCAGAGGACGAUGCCGUGGUCGAGGAGGAGGUGAAUGACAAAUCUCUAGUCACGCCGCUGCCUCUGAGCUCGUUCAAACCCACUCCGUUCAGCUUCGCCCGUCGCCGAUGGAGUUCGACACCUGAAGAAGACAGCAUUUCUUCGUCGAACAAGGACACUGCACGUGACACACCACCGUCGUCCCCCAUCUUCAGUGACAACUCUCCUCUCCCUGUGCUGCAUCCAGUGGUAUCUCCGGUGUCGUCGCCCUUGUCCUCCAUAGCAAGUGAUUGCGCUUCUCCUCCAGCGCGCAGGAUGAUGUCCGCGCGCCGCCUGUUUGCGACUCCACCACUGGCGGAACUAUCACUCGAUCCGUCGUUUUCCUCUCCGCUCACGUCCUUUGCUGGCUCGGACUCUGAUUCUUGAUGUUAUCUGUAUUCAAAAUUAGUGGAAGAAUAUAUACACUAGAAAG